CACAGAGACGUAGAGAAACUUUCCCAAGGUCACACAGUGAGGAAGGACCAGAGCUGGGUUUCUGACCCGACAGUCCAGGUCUUGAUCCCUGUGUGCUGGAGGAGGGUGGUGUGUGAGUCCAGAAGAGUGGCAGCCUCUGCCUCGGGGGCAGAUGAGGACACUGAGGCCCAGAGACGGGGAGCGCCUGGCUUAGGACACUCAGCCUGGAAGGGCAGAGCAGGGACUCCGCAGCGAGACUGCCGACUCCACGCCUGGUGUGUGUGCCCAGAGCCCAGCUGCUUCCCAGGCCCUCUGGGGCGGCCUUGCCUUCCACCAGCCAGGACCAUGGGUAGCAACAAGAGCAAGCCGAAGGACGCCAGCCAGCGGCGCCGCAGCCUGGAGCCGGCCGAGAGCACCCACGCGGCGGGCGGCGCCUUCCCGGCCUCGCAGACGCCCAGCAAGCCGGCCUCCGCCGACGGCCUCCGCGGCCCGGGCGCCGCCUUCGCCCCCGCGGCCGCCGAGCCCAAGCUCUUCGGGGGCUUCAACUCGUCGGACACCGUCACCUCCCCGCAGAGGGCGGGGCCCCUGGCCGGCGGAGUGACCACCUUUGUGGCCCUCUAUGACUAUGAGUCACGGACAGAGACCGACCUGUCCUUCAAGAAAGGGGAGCGGCUCCAGAUUGUCAACAACACGAGGAAGGUGGAUGUCAGCCAGACCUGGUUCACAUUCAGAUGGCUGCAAAGAGAGGGAGACUGGUGGCUGGCCCACUCGCUCAGCACGGGACAGACCGGCUACAUCCCCAGCAACUACGUGGCGCCUUCCGACUCCAUCCAGGCUGAGGAAUGGUAUUUUGGCAAGAUCACCAGGCGGGAGUCGGAGCGGCUGCUGCUUAACACGGAGAACCCAAGGGGGACCUUCCUGGUGCGAGAGAGCGAGACCACGAAAGGUGCCUACUGCCUCUCCGUGUCCGACUUUGACAACGCCAAGGGCCUCAACGUGAAGCACUACAAGAUCCGCAAGCUGGACAGCGGGGGCUUCUACAUCACCUCCCGCACCCAGUUCAACAGCCUGCAGCAGCUGGUGGCCUACUACUCCAAACAUGCAGACGGCCUGUGCCACCGCCUCACCACCGUGUGCCCCACGUCCAAGCCGCAGACCCAGGGCCUGGCCAAGGACGCCUGGGAGAUCCCCCGGGAGUCGCUGCGGCUGGAGGUCAAGCUGGGCCAGGGCUGCUUCGGGGAGGUGUGGAUGGGAACCUGGAACGGCACCACCAGGGUGGCCAUCAAGACCCUGAAGCCGGGCACCAUGUCCCCAGAGGCCUUCCUGCAGGAGGCCCAGGUCAUGAAGAAGCUGCGGCACGAGAAGCUGGUGCAGCUGUACGCCGUGGUGUCGGAGGAGCCCAUCUACAUCGUCACGGAGUACAUGAGCAAGGGGAGUUUGCUGGACUUCCUCAAGGGGGAGACGGGCAAGUACCUGCGCCUGCCACAGCUGGUGGACAUGGCCGCUCAGAUCGCCUCGGGCAUGGCAUACGUGGAGCGGAUGAACUACGUGCACCGGGACCUCCGCGCCGCUAACAUCCUGGUCGGGGAGAACCUGGUGUGCAAGGUGGCCGACUUCGGGCUGGCCCGGCUCAUCGAGGACAACGAGUACACGGCCCGGCAAGGGGCCAAAUUCCCCAUCAAGUGGACGGCUCCAGAAGCCGCCCUCUACGGCCGGUUCACCAUCAAGUCAGAUGUGUGGUCCUUUGGAAUCUUGCUGACGGAGCUCACGACAAAGGGACGAGUGCCCUACCCUGGGAUGGUGAAUCGCGAGGUGCUGGAUCAAGUCGAGCGGGGCUACCGGAUGCCCUGCCCGCCCGAGUGUCCCGAGUCCCUGCACGACCUCAUGUGCCAGUGCUGGCGGAAGGAGCCCGAGGAGAGGCCCACCUUUGAGUACCUGCAGGCCUUCCUGGAGGACUACUUCACGUCCACGGAGCCCCAGUACCAGCCCGGGGAGAACCUAUAGGAGCAGGCGGGCCGGACUGUUCUCGGCUCCAGCCCUGGGCAGCGGCCCGUGCGUGCGGGGCCUGGCCUCCUCUGCCGCCCGCUGCUGCUCUCCUGCGGGGCUGACGGCCAGGGUCAAGGCUGCUCUGGCUCUGGGGCCACAGAAGGGCUUUGGGACGUGGUGCACCCGUGAGGACGGGCCCAGAGCCGGCACAGUGACUGUCCCAGGGCCUGCCCUGGCCACCGCCUCCUCUCCACUGUCCCUCCUCUGCCCAUCCCUGGAGGAGACGCCGGGGAGAAGGGCUGGGGCUGGGCGCCGUCUUCCCAGCCUCAACCUGCCGCUCGCCUGGUUCUGUCCCUCCCCUGAGGCCCCGGCCCAUCCCCACAGCUGGCCAAAGAGCCUUUCCAAAGAGGAGCGGUGGCCCUCAGCCUCCCGCCGCCCGCCCCUCGCCAUCUCUUUCUGAAACGCGGGUGGAGGUUGCUGGCCCAGGGCCCCCUGCUCCAGCCCAGCGUGACCCAGCCCUGCCCCGUCCACCCCAGGGCCCUUGGAGAUCUUCCGUCCCCUUCUCCCGUCUUACCUUGGGAAAGCAGAGUCCGAGAGGAUGUGACUUGCCCAGAUGCCAGAGCACUUGAGGGAUGGCACCUGGUGCUCCCCUGUCUUCCUUGGGAACGAGACUUGUCCUCAGAGGCACUAGGGACAGACUAGAGCAGCCCAGGGGACAAGGGGCCAGGACGGGUUAGAGAGGGCAAAGGCCUGUCUGGGGGUGGGGAGAACGGAGGUGGAGGCGGAGGUGGAGGCCAGGCUGAGCCGGGAGGGAAGGAGCGGCCACAGGGGAGGGUGUGGGGGCUUCCGUCAGUCCCCGGGUGGUCUGGUGCCUGGAGCCACCAGCCAUGACAGGGCAUUGCUCCCGGGUUCCAGAGGCAAGGGAGAGCUAAGGCUGAGGCUCUGGGCGGGCCUCCGCAGGGAACCCCGGGCCUCCUUCCCAGUUUGUCCUGAACAUUUCAACGUGGUACCCGCUCUCCUCCCAAGCUGGCACCCUGAACUCUCGAGUAGGGCGAGGAGUGCCUUGGCCAGGGUCGGAGAGGGCGGGCCCGGAGGGGCUGUGUGACCUCGGGCAUCUGCUGCUUCUCUGAGCUGUGGCGUCUGCCCCUCAUGUGGCCGCGGUCUCUGCGGCUGCUCAGCCCUGUCCACCCCUGUGGCAGGGCACCUGUGGUGAGCCCGUCGGGAGACUUGGGGCCCUGGCUCUGCUGUUCAGGGUAUGUGGUGGCUUCUCUUCCAGCCUCAGUGUGCCCAUCUGUAAAGUGGGCAGCUGACGAUUUGUGGCAUCUUGCCAAGGGCCCCUGAGUAUGUGUGUGUGCACGUGUGUGUGUCUCCAUGUGUGUCCAUAUUUAACAUGUAAAAAAUGCCCCCUCUCUGUCCCCUGACACGUGGUCCAUUCCACCCACUGUCCCCAUCACAGCAAUAACGUCCCUGCUGCCAGGGGCUCUUGAGCCAGCCAGGCCCUGGCAGGGGGGAAGGAGGCACCUGCCUAGGAAAUUCCGACUUUUCCUUCUACACAUGUCCAUCUCCCAGGUCUCUUCCUGUCCAUCCCAGUCGAACCUGGGCCCGCCCACCCCUGCGCUCCCCAUCACUCCUCCAGCUGCCCAAGGCCCUGGGUGUAAGGCGUCUUCAUACUGUCCUAUUUUUUUUAAACAGUGUUUUGUAGAUUUCAGAUGACUAUGCAGAGGCCUCGGGGACCCCUGGCUCUGGGCAGGGCCUGGGGGUCCCACAUUCCAUGGCCCAGGCUUGGGGGGGCGGGGGGACCUAGAAUUGGUUGUAAAUACUUUGCAUAUUGUCUGAUUAAACACAAAGAGACCUCAGAA